GCCGCCGAGGGCGAGCCAGAGCCGCCGCCAGCCGCCGAGGCCGAGGCGCUGUGCGAAGGCGCGGCCACCGGCUCCGAGGGCGGGCUGGUGCCGCAGCCCGCGGGCGCCGGGGGCGCCCGUAGCGAGUGGGAGGAGGAGGACGCCGAGUCCCCCGCGUGCCCUUCGCCAGGGCCGCCGGAGGGCGUGGAGGGCUCGGACACGGAGGGCAGCGAGCCGCCCCUGCCCGGCGAGGAGGUGCAGGAUGAGGAGGCGGAGGGCUCUGGCUCCGACGCGGGCAGGCGGCCGCCGAGCUCGGCGGAGGAGGAGGCGGCCUGCGCCGACGGCGCCAGCGUCGGCCUGCCCGAGAUCCGCGAGGGCGAGCUGCCGCAGCUGGCGCCCCCAGUCGACGUCGGGCCAGCGCAGCUUGUGGCCGUGGAGCCGGAGGGCCUCACGCCGUCGCUCCAGCAGCUCCGGGACAUCCUCCAGACCUUCACGUGCGAGAGGCUCGGCCUGACCUACCACGGCUUCCUGCGGCAGCUGCUGCCGCGCGCGUGCGCCUCCGGGCAGAAGUCCUUCCGGCGGCCCGUGUCCUUCGGGUUCAAGGCCGGCCAGCAGCCCCCGCUCCCGCCGCAGCCGAGGAGGCCGCCUCCGCCACGGGCGAGGCCAGCCACCGGUGCGGACGGCGCGGACGGCGACGCCGUCGUGGUGCUCGACGAGGAGGAGGCCCCCGCCCGCGAGGAGCGGGAACGGUCCCCGGCGGGGGAGCCGCUGCCCGCAGACCCGUACGCGAGCCGCACGGCGCCGCUGGCGCUCCUGAGGCACUACCUGGGCAGCGGCAGGUUUCUCGGCCUGCGGGACGGGUUCGUGGCGUUCGAGGACGACGGCGUCCAGUACCCGGCCGAGACCCCGACGCCGGUGCGGGAGCGGCCCGGGGGCGGCGCCCUGCUCAGCCUGGGCUCCCUGUGGCUGCUGGCGGUGCUGCGCCAGGCCUACUGGCAGCACGCGAGGGCGCUGUGCAAGAAGCACGGGCUCGCGCAGGUCUCGAAGGCCCACGCCGAGGAGCUGCUGGACUUCCUCCUGGGGCGCUCGGACCACUGCGUGCUGCUGCUCGGGCCAGAGGACCUGCGGGCGGCCCCGCCGCCGGAGGCGACGUGGGUGGCGCGGCCCGCCGGGGGCGACAGGCCGUCGCUGAUACCCCUGGCGCAGCUGCAGGGCUUCCCCGGCCUGCCGCCGCUGUCCGACGACGCCGCGCAGCAGCUGGACAAGCUCAGGAGGCGCCUGGCCAGGCAGGCCGCGGAGCGCUCCAGCGACGAGGCGGCCGCCGGCGAGGUGGCCGCGCGCUGCCGCGCGGCCGAGGACGUCGAGGCCGCCCUCUGCCAGAACGAGGUGGAGGUGGCCGCGCUGGCGUCGCUGCUGGAGCAGCUGCAGGGCCGGCUCGAGGCCACCGACCGCGAGCUCGAGGCGGUGCAGGGCCGCAGGCGGCGGCUCCUCGAGGAGCACCGCGCCGACCUCGCCGCGGCGCGGCCGGGCGCCGCGAAGCGGCGGCGCGGGCCGGGGCCCGGCGCGGCAGCGCAGGGCGACCCGAUCGGGCACCUCCUGGCGCUCUGCGAGGCCGCGGUGCCCGCCGGCGGGCCGCCGGCGAGGGCGGAGGUGCCCAGGGCCGAGUGA